AUGAUCCCAUGGCCUCGUCGCCUGCGGAAUAUCAUCAUCAGAGCCCUUAUUCGCGCUAUCUCUCUACUCUGUCCACCCGUCCAUACCCUCUUCUCCCGCAUUCGCAGCUCCCCGGGCGUCCCCAUUAAAGACCCAAGUACUUCCUAUUGGACUUUGUGCCCGUCACCCAUAUCAAGACACGGCGCCGACGGUGACUUGCCAAAGUACGCGGAUAUUGUCGUUAUUGGUAGUGGGAUCACUGGCACCUCCUUUGCAAGGGCAAUAUUGGAUUACGAUGCCCUACACGGCGUAACCGGGAAACCCCUUUGUGUUCUCAUGCUUGAAGCAAGAGACGUUUGCUCGGGAGCAACUGGAAGAAAUGGCGGUCAUAUUACGCCAAUGCUUUAUCGCGACUAUACCGAGUUAAAGGCAGUGCAUGGCAUAGACAUGGCCAGAAAAAUUAUUCGUUUUCGUCUAUCUCACUUUCAAGAGUUGCUCUCUGUCGCUACUGAAGAGAAUCUGCUCGAGGAAUCACAAUGUCGGGAAGUCGAGGCAUUGGAUGCCUUCUACGAACCAAGUUUAUAUAACGAAGCCAAAGGAAAACUAGAAACAUACAAAAAGGAUUUACCAGAGGAAAGUUCACGAUAUCAGAUAUACGAAGGAUCCGACGAGAUCAAGAAUUUGCAACUUUCACGGUUGACUGUGGGUUGUAUGUCUACCCGGGGAGGUGCUGUGCAUCCAUACCACCUCGUGACAGGUAUCUUGGCUCGUCUGCUUCGUGUUUACCCUUCAAACUUUUAUCUGUUUUCGCACACACCCUGCACCUCUAUAUCUGGUCCAGAGUCGGCCGAAGGACUAUACUCAUUGGAAACUCCCAAAGGAACCAUUCAAACACCUCAUGUCGUCCAUGCAACAAAUGCUUGGGCCUCACAUCUCAUUCCCGGGAUGCGAGAAAAAAUUAUUCCAGCCAGGGGCGUCAUGACAGCCCAAGGACCCCGACCUGGCUUGGGAGAGGGAUCAAAGAAGAAGCGGCCGACAGCAUGGACUGGGCAGCGUUCAUUUGUCUUUUACCCAAGUAAUUCCUUCGAUGUCUACGACUAUCUGACGCAGCAACCGGCUGCUGAUUCUGCAGUUUCUAUUUAUCCUAAAUCGGCCGGUGAACUAAUGUUUGGUGGGGGUUUUGGCAGAGAUAAUGGGUUUCUAACGGAGGUUGGGAAUGUAGACGAUCGGGGAUGGAACAGUAGGACCGCGAGUUACCUACAAGGAGCCCUUUCCGAUUAUUUCAAGGUCGACGAUAACGACUCAAAGGAAGAGGUGAAAGCCACAUGGGGUGGAAUUUUGGGUAUCUCAGUGGAUCAACAGCCGUGGGUUGGCCGAAUUCCUGCGACGAUUACCAGUCGAGGAUCCGUUUUUGGGGGCGCACCGACGGCUACUAACCUGGCAGCUCCCGGAGAAUGGAUGGCAGCAGGGUAUACAGGAGAAGGCAUGGUCCACGCUUGGCAGAGUGGCAAGGCCUUGGCUUACAUGGUCCUUGGGAUUGACGAAGGGGGCAUCUUGGACUGGCUCCCCGAAGUGUUUAGGAUAUCUGAAGAGAGAUGGAAAGAAGUAGAGAUCGAGGACUUGAUUGCCUCGUUUCUGAACUUGUAGUCGUUUUAUUUUUAUUACAGCUCAUUUAUUACUGCGGUGUUCACGUGGGAGUGCUUUGAAUAUAUUUUGAUUGUGGCUUUC